AUGUCCGAGUCUACCUCAGGCUCAUACACUGACGCGGCCAGCAAUUUCGCAGACGACAUGUCUUAUCGUUCUGAUUCCGCUACACCUACACCUACCAUCCCACCCAUCAGUCGCCGUUCUUCAGCCGACGUCAGCAUGCACUCUUAUCAAACAUGCACGCCAAUGGAUACUUCUCCCAUGUUGGAGGCAGUCAUGGGCCCUCCUCCCCCAUCCCAUCCGCUCAAUACUCCUACUCCAUCCCAAUCCUUCUUCAACAUGUCACCUAUGCCGUCUUCAACCUAUAUACCCACUGCAACAAUUAAUCCCGCCAUGUUAAAUCCCUCUGCUGCACCUAUGCCUUCGACCUUUGACCUUAGGAACGACUUUCCACCCUUCUCAGGCUCAUUCAACCUUUCUACGGACAACUUUCUCCCUACCUAUGCCCCCCUUGGCACCCUUGCUUCUCGUGACCCCCACCUUAACUCAAAUCCCACGUUCAUGCCAGUGCAUAAUACUUCUAGUGCACUUAAUCCACCCACUAAUCUAUCAGUUUCAGAACUGAGGAAGGCGCAUGUUGAGUCGCAGAAGUCUGAGCAGGCCCACAGCUCAUCUCAUGCGGAGGCCCUGCUGCGUGAAACCAACCUACGCAAUCUUCUCUCAUUCAAAGACAAACAGCUCACCGACCUUCGCCAUCAACAAGCACAGUCCUCCCACGCACCCUCACAGGAUCUUCUUGAUCUGCAGUCGCGCCUGCAUGCCCUUGAGCAAGCAAAGCAGGAUGAUGCAGAGGCCGCAGACGUACAGUACCGGGAACUCAAGGAGAGAUACGACAGCGACCUAGAAGAGCUUCAGCGAGCUAUCAAUGUGGCGACUAACCAGCAAUCACAUGAGGCGUCCGUCAGCGAGCAACAUCUUCGAACUAUCGAAAGGCUCAAUCAACAAUUGCAGCGCGUCGAGGCUGAAGCAUCCGAAAGAUAUCAGGAGUUGGAAAAGAGAUUCAGCAGUGCAUCUCAACGGUGGAAGGUUGACGAAGAAAAGUGUCACGAGGAUCAUGAAGGAGUGGUGUCAAACCUGCACAAUCGCAUCAGGGAGCUGGAGAAUGCGUACACCAAGCUUGGAUCCGAUGCCCAAUCCCAGCGCCGCGCACUUGAAGAUCUACAUAGGGACCAAAUGGAGGCUGCGUCGCAACGUUGGGAGCAGGCGCAUAGGGAGGAUCAUGAGCGUGUUGUGGGGGAAUUGAACGAUCGAAUCCGAGAACUGGAGAAAGCUUAUGCCAAACUUGGAUCUGAUGCCCAAGACCAACGCCGCCAACUUGAAGAUCAGUGCCGCAAUCAGAGCUCAACAAGUGCUCUAGACAACUCUCACCGUCAGCAUAUUGAAGACCUAGAACACCGGCUAUUGAACCUACAGCAGCAACAUCUUCAUGAUUUGGAGGAGGCUAAACAGCGUUACGAUUCAUUGCAAGACUCAACCUCGCGGGACCGACACAUACUUGAAGAUGACUGGCAGAAGCGACUCACUGAUUUGGAGAAUGCCCGCCACCAGGACGCCCAGCACGAAGCAGAAGUAACUCAGGAGUUUCAAGCACAACUCAAAGUUCAACAGGAUGUCCUGGAAGACCUUCAAGCUCGUAUAUCCGCUAUGCAGGCUCAGCAUGAAAAGGACGGGCAAGAUGCUGAGACUCGCCUAAAUGAAGUACAGCAGGAACUCCAGGAGGCACGCCAGAACCUUGUAGACGCUGAGCGACAGAUUGCACAGUACCAGGAAUUGGAAACUGCUCGGCAUCAAACCCCCACAAGCACUGUGGAUAUGGCUCGGGCCCUUGAAACUGCAAUAUCAGACGCUCAGCGAGAUGCAGAAGUUAACUUCAAUGCUUGGAAGGCAGCCCAUGAGCAAGGGGUUCAGGCUGAACACAAUGCAUUGCGCGAGGAGCUGCGUGACCUCCGCACCCACUACCAGUCGCUUCAACAGACUACAGCUACAAAUGGUGUCAACACGAAUGGUACGAGCUCCCCCACAUCUGGGAGGAGACAUGGGAAGCAGCGUGAACGUGAAGUUCUGAACGUUCAUUCUUUUGCGAAUCGCCGCCUUUACCCACCAGUGGCAACAUCACGCAAUGGAAUGGGAUUCUCCUCGCCACGAGCGUUCAACAUACAGAUGCCAGUAUCUAAUAUUCGCUCCACUGCUGCUACGCAGUCCCUAGGCUUCAACUCAACCCGCAAUGCUUCGCCUGGUCCAAGCUCACGCCCUACCAUUGCAUCGUCCCCAUCUGGAACACCAGCAAUGCGUAUGCCCGCCAAUGGAACAAACCUGACUUCAGACACUGCUCGCCCUCGAACGGCUGCCCCCCCAUCAUUCACCCUUGCAGGCAGUCAUUCUGGAGCCAACACACCUCUUUCCUCCCACCAAUCGACACCAACACCCGGUUCGCGUCAAGCUACACCCUCUGGACCUAGUGGAGGGGCAACACCAACUACAGGUCGCCCACCCACCGCACCACAGCAGGGAACAGAGCCCCAACCGCUCAAUCUUGAAACUGCAAUGUCUGCACUGGAGAACAGGCUCAUGCAUGCCCUGGGAAAUAUGGUAACAGGUUUGGCAGAAAAUCUAACGCGAAGCAACAACACUCUACCGCCUAAAGCGUCAAGGGCAAGUGGAUACUCACAGACACAUGAACCAAAGACACGGGACCCAGGCAGGACUCGUAUGAUGAAUCUGGUUCGAAUCAAGAUGCGCAACAUGCUUCACAUAGAGCAAGACUCUGAGAUCACUAACGCCAUCGACCGACAUGAAGUUGCCGCAUCCGCAGAAGAGGUAGCGACUUGGGAAGAAGGGGACCACAACCCGCCACCUCUUCAUCCCCUCCGUCCUUUCUGGCGGCACCUCAAUCAUGAAUGGAACCAUGAACUUGCUAUCCAGUUUGCAGAGGAAUUCUGCCGUGAGGAGGGUGAAUUCGACGUAGAUGAAGUGAAGGACCACUUUGCGUCUCGGCUCAAAACCCUUCACAUCUACAUCUCGCGCAAUUCUACGUAUGCAGAUGGUGGAGAAGCCCUCCUUCAGGCUGCGCGUGGCCGUUCACGGCGUGCAAGUAGGCGAGGAACACUCUACGAUAAUCGUAUGAGGAUCAUUGAAAGCAACCUUCAAGCAGGUGAGAGCGCUGUCUGGAUGUUGCUCCACGACAUGGUCAGAGGCCUUGGGCUUCUUGGCAUGAGCUCAGACGAAAGCGACCCUGACGACAACACCUCCGUUUCGAUCAUCCAUAAGGACUGGCGUUCACCCGAGGUUAUCCGCCUUCUUCAAGUCAUCGACCGUCAUCGCCAAGUUGUGAAUUGCUAUGGGAAUGCUAGAGCUGGUGCUCCACCUCGGAGUAGGCGACGCCAUCUCGGCGGUCCAGUCAGCAAACACAAACCAGUUGCUGGUCUCCCGAGAAAUUGGUAUAACCCAAUCUGGUACAACUCACUUUCGCGAUCGCAACUUGCUGGCCUUGCCACUCUCGCAGAGGUCCCUUUACCGCUCAUCAAUGAGGACGACUAG